UUCAAAGGCUAGUCCUUAAAUCCUUCCCCUUUUCCUCUCUCUUCUCAAUUUUCACCUCAAAUUCCUCUUUCUCUCUCUGGCGCUGGUCUCGCUUUCUUGUUCCUCUUCCGGCGAAUUAGGUAUUUUUCAUGCUUUUUGAUCUUCAAUUCUCCUUAUAUAGUCCCCAAAAUUGGAGUUUGGAUAACGAAGUUACGUGCUUUGCCUUUUCUUCCUCUACAAGUGGACACGGAAAGUUUGUUCAACUUUGACCGUCUAGGGUUUGUAGAUGUGAGCAAAAUCGAAUUGGGUUUCGGAGCUUUUGAUUUCUUGGCCCGUUUAGGCUGAGAAGACGAUAUCGGAUAAUUGUAGGGGAAAAAGAAAGGUUUUUUUUAUUUCUUGGGUUUGAAUUUUUGGUAUAUGGAUUCGGCUCAAACGUCGUACUGGUGCUAUAGAUGCAGUCGAUUCAUUAGCGUAGGGGUUCGGGUUCCGGUUGAAGAUACCGUACUUUGCCCCCAUUGUGGUGGCGGAUUCGUUGAAGAAAUGCAGAACUCGACCCCGACUAGAUCUCCUAUCCAUAAUCGGUUUCCGGCGGCUGCUAUGUACCUCGACCGUGCCCCCAAUCCUGAGAUUCGUAGCCAUGGCCAAAGACUGCGCCGUAGUCAAAGAAGUAGUCGUGACCGCUCGCCUUUUAACCCUGUCAUUGUUCUUCGUGGCACCGCCGAGGGGGGUGGGGGUGGCGGCGUUGGGGGCGGCGAUGAAAGCAACGGAGCUGAGCGAAGCAACUUUGAGCUAUAUUACGAUGAUGGUGUUGGAACGAGUCUUCGGCCCCUACCUCCUAGCAUUUCUGCAUUUUUGAUGGGUUCAGGAUUUGACCGCCUUUUGGAUCAAUUGUCACAGUUAGAGAUCAAUGGGGUUGGGAGAAUGGAUCAUCCUCCAGCGUCCAAAGCUGCUAUUGAGUCCAUGCCCAUUAUCAAGAUUGUGGCGAACCAUGUUUCCACAGAAUUACACUGUGCUGUUUGUAAGGAGGAAUUUGAGCUCGAUUCAGAAGCUCGAGAGAUGCCUUGCAAGCACAUCUACCAUACGGACUGUAUCCUUCCGUGGCUUUCUCUUCGUAAUUCCUGCCCUGUGUGUCGCCAUCAACUGCCCACUGAUGUCCGUGGGUGUGGCAGAAACUCCCCAGAGUCUGCUGAUGGGGAUGAAGAAACUAUGGGUUUGACAAUAUGGAGGCUUCCCGGGGGUGGUUUUGCUGUUGGGAGGUUCACAGGUGGUAGGCGAGGCGCUGAGCGCGAGCUUCCUAUUGUUUACACUGAGAUGGAUGGCGGUUUCAAUACUUCUGGCGCUCCAAUGAGGAUUGCAUUUCAAUCUAGUGGAAGUAGAUCAAGGGAGAGGGGACGAGUGGGACGAGCAUUUCACAAUUUUUUCUCAUUUUUUGGGAGGCUCAGAUGGUCAUCCUCUCGGUCUGGCGCUGAACCGAAUUCGACUCGAAGGAGUCUUUCUAGUACCAUAUUCAGUAGAGCAAGGCGCAGCCGGCAUUGGACUUUGGAUGGUAGCCAAUGACGAAUGUUUUAGUUCCUCUUUUCCUUCUUUGAGAUCAAGUUGAGAAAGGGGAGGAGAGUGCAUUUUUGCUUCUCAAUUUGUAGGUUCACUUUCUAAUUACUAAGAUUGUAGUGUAUUUCUUAAGCAAGAUUUUUUUUUUGUUGUAUAUUGUAAUUGUUUUGUUUAUUUGCUGUACAUAGCAUACAUGACUACGAAAUGAAGAGUCUUCCCAAUGUAAUUCUGUCGAAGAAGAGGACAAUCUGCAUUGGCAGCAAAUUAGAAAGAUAUACCCCCUUAGAGGGAUGUAAACCAUUAUCUUAGUAAUUGUAUCCCUGUUUUUCUAUUAAAGAGUUCCAUUACCUGCUUUUUCUCAGGA